AGCCUAUCAAAACCCAGUCAAUCGUCAACCCCCUCUUUUGUGCUCUUCUUCCUUCACCUAUUAAAGGAAAGUGUGAAGCAGUAAAACCCUAAAAUUCCCAAACGGGAAAAAGAGAGAGAGACGGAAGUUUAGAGGUGUCAGUGCUUAGGUCAACAAGAUGAUCAUCCCUGUUCGCUGCUUUACCUGUGGAAAGGUGAUUGGAAACAAGUGGGAUGCCUAUCUUGAUCUUCUCCAGCUUGACUACACUGAAGGGGACGCACUUGAUGCGCUAAACUUAGUUAGGUACUGCUGCAGGCGUAUGCUUAUGACUCAUGUUGAUCUUAUUGAGAAGCUUCUCAACUACAACACUCUGGAAAAAUCAGACAACUCUUAAUUAAAGAGGAUGCAAAUCUGCUGAAAAGAGUUUACUCGUCAGAGGCCUAUGUACUAUAAACAUGUAUGAAAAAACCCGGCGUUACUAUUUUGUCAUAUGUAUGUCAAUGCCACUACUACGUGUUAUGAUUUUUCUGAGCUGAAAGAGUUGUUAACGUUCUAAGGAAUUCAUCUUUUAUUAGAGAAAUACAAUUUGAUUGGAUUUGUGAGUCCAAAAACAAUGAGAAGGUGAAAAAUGAUACUCUUCAAGGUCAAAU